AGAUAAAAAAGGGACUUUAUUUGAAAGAAGUGAUAGUUGUGCAAAAAACACUAUGUAUGACCAUGUGUUAAUAUGUAAUGAUGUUGUUUAAUUUGGGAAUCGUACUCUUUCAACUCUUUUCUCUAUCACAAAUUUACUAAAAAAAAUGACAGAAAAUUUUUUAGAAGAAUUAUUAUGUGAUUUUGAAAAUUUACUUAUCAACGGAAAUAAUUAUGAUGUAAUUAUUGAAGUUGGAGUUAAUGGAAAUAUUAAAAGAUUUUAUGCGCAUUCGUUAAUAUUAAGUUUAAGGUCGACUUAUUUUAAAGCUGCAUUAUCAAAUAAUUGGAUCCACAAAGAAGAUGGGAUGAUUCUUCUUAAAGAACCAAAAUUUGAUCCUAAAAUUAUGGAAUUAUUACUAAAGUACGUUUAUGCCGGAACGAUCGAUUUGAAUAAGCAAAAAGGAUCCGAAAUAUUGAAAAUUUUUAUGGCAUCAGAUGAACUGUACUUCUGGAGAUUAAACGAUUAUAUUCAAAGCUAUAUAAUUAAAGUUCAAGCAGAUUUUUUACAAGAUAAUCCUGUUGAAGUUCUUCAAAUUUUAUUUCAGUAUGAAUCUUUAACUGUAUUAAGGGAUUUUUUCUAAAAUUAAUUUGUGAUCAUCCCGAAAUACUAUUUUCAACAAGAAAUUUAGCAAUAGAUAGAUCUAUAUUAAUUUUACUUAUUCAAAGAGGCGAUUUAUACGUGGAAGAAUAUAAUAUUUGGGAAUAUGUGUUAGAAUGGGGAAUAGCGCAAAUGCCAGUCUCUGUUGAUAUUGAUAAUCUUUUUAAUUGGACUGAGGAAAAUUUCAUUGAACUUGGAAAAAUUAUCUCAGAUUUUAUUCCGCUUAUUAGAUGGGUUCAAAUCUCUCCAAAAUUAUUUUAUCAAAAAAUUUUUCCA